CAGAGUCCAGACUACAGACUGGAGACUCUGGUGGUUGAUGACAAGACUUUUAAAUCUUCCAUAGACAAAACCAUGAGUGAGAAGGCUGCAGCUGAAGAAGAUGGUGACUCUGAGGUCAGACUGAAUCCAGACUCAUUAGACACAGAGCUUGAUUUGUCUAAGGAUGACAUAAAGCACAUUAAGCCUCCAUCAAGCUUCACCCCUCAAGUACAAACUGAAUCCACACACAUCUCCUACAGGUUCAGGUGUCCUGGUCCAGGUGUGUUCCAGUGUACUCUGACCAGACUAGUGUUUGUUAUGGCUCAGGAGGCGGAGCUGUUGUACAGGACUGUCCAAUGGGAUGAGAGCCUCCUUCAAUCAGCUGGAAAAACAGCUGCAGGGCCGCUGUUUAACAUCAGAUGCUCUGAGGAUACAGUCUGGGAGCUCCACCUGCCACACUGUGAAACAAAGGAGGCGCUGUGUGUUGAUGGCCUGCUGUCUGUUGCCCACAUCUCUGAUGAUGGGAUGAGCAUCUUGGAGCCGCUGGAGAUCACUGCCACCCAUGUGGUUGUGAAGGUUCCUCACCUCUCUGGGUGGGGCGUCAUCUGGGAUGAUUUUAAGCGGCUCCUGAACAUAACAGUAAAUGGCCAAGUUCUGCUUUUCUUCCGACCUUCAGAGACAGAACCUGCACAAAUCAACGUGUUUCUACUCCAGGAAAAUAUCCCAUUGUCAGAGGUGUCUGCCCAACAACACGAUGAUGCUAAAUACAUCCAGACCCCUGCUGACUGUCUUUUCAGCUUCGGUCAAAGGUACAGUGUCCACUGUGAGCCUGAGAGCAGGAUAAUACAGCCGAAGCAAACACAGUUUCGCUCAAAGUCUGGCCCAAAUUACCAUCCAACAUUUCAAGUUUUCCUGAGUACAAAUUCAGGGUUUGUGACUCUGAUAGUCAAAGACCAAGAGGGGAAUGAAAUCUGGAAAUCAUCUGUUUGCCUGCCAGCACCAAGAACAGAAACCUUAAUGAGAAAUGUCCCAGAUGAGUCCGGAGUCCCGGCAGACGAGAGGCUGUUCACAGUUCGCUCACAGUUUAUUGACAGAGUGUCUGAACCUGUUUUAAAAAAACUUCUGGAUAAACUCCUGGAGAAGCAUAUUAUCAAUGAUCAGGAGAUGGAAUCAGUCAGAUCACAGCAGAGCAAAGCAGAUAAAGCACGAGAUGUUAUUGACACAGUGCGACGAAAAGGAAGUAUAGCCACCUCACUUCUGAUCGCUGCUCUCUGUGAGGAGGAUCCAUGCCUUUUCACAGAGCUGAACUUAAGAUAAGACAGAUUUCUAAUAAAUCUCAAAGACCACUGACAGUGUCAUUAUUGUGAUCUUCAUGUGUGUGUUGGAAACUGGACUUUAGUUCUUAUUAAAACCUGGACUCUGACUAGAAGCUGAGCAGGACAUUGGAUGGACUGAAGCAGAGUCUGGGACCUCGGUAAGUCUCUGAGCUGCUCAUUAUUAGUGCACAAACCGGGAAAUAUGUGAAGCUCCAACCUGUAGAUGCUGAACCACAUCUACAGGUUGAAGAGCAACACCUCAAGUUAUCUGUGACCGGCGUCUGUUUCCAACAAUAUAACUGAAGCUGUUUUUACCUUUAAUGCUGGAAUAACAUGUUGAAUCACAUGAUCAGUGUUUACAAUCUGAUUACUGAGGUUCUCGUCUGUGCUAGCUUCUGCUCUGAGCAGCAUUUUGUGUUUCUGCCUGUAUAAAUAAAGUUUUGCUGUUUGCUUUCUUAUGCU